UUACAUUUUUCUUUGGUUUGAAAUUUGUAAGAAAAACUACAAGCAAAGGUUGCUGAUGCCUCUUUCUCUUUGAUCUCAAAUAUUCACGGUACUCUCUCUCUAAUGCAACCCUCACAUCCAAUAUCUGCUCCCUAAGGCUUAGGCACUACCGCAAAGCGACGAUCGAUCAGGUAGAUCAGUCAUCGACCACGACCAUUAGAGGACCACCGUUGCAGAUCCCUCUUUCUUUUUGAUCUCAAACCCAUUUACGGUUGCUGGGUGGAUAGUACAUAAACAAAAUUAUCAUGUGGUUGGAAAUUAUCAUGGCUUAAGUAAAUGAGCAUGGAAGUUUCGCAAAAGACGGUUAUGGCAUUCAAAUCUUACCAAAAUCAGGCUGAGGUGCUGGUUAAGAACUAUUUACUAGCAGAUCCUAUCAUUCCAUAUACGUCUGUCCUAGGGGGCAUAUUUGCCUGCAAAAUGGUAUAUGAUCUUACCCAGUUGAUCAGCACAUUUUACUCCAGGAGCUAUAAUGCACUUACGAAACUACAGCGGAUUGAGUGGAACAGCCGUGGUAUUUCUACUGUUCAUGCAAUUUUUAUUGCAACUGUGUCAUUGUACUUCGUGUUCUGGUCAGAUCUCUUUUCUGACCAACAACAUACUGGCCUUAUUACAUUCAGACACUCGCAGAUAUCAAGUUUUUCAUUGGGAGUUUCUGUUGGGUACUUCCUUGCUGAUCUUGCAAUGAUUUUGUGGAUGUACCCUACUCUGGGUGGAAUAGAGUAUAUUGUCCAUCACUCUCUUUCCGCAAUUGCAGUGGCAUAUGCUAUGUUUACUGGGGAAGGGCAGCUUUACACGUUCAUGGUUCUGAUAUCCGAGAUUACAACUCCAGAGAUCAAUAUGAGAUGGUAUCUUGAUACUGCCGGUUUAAAGAGGUCAAGUGCAUAUCUCAUAAAUGGAGUGGUUAUAUUUUUUGCUUGGCUGGUUGCAAGAAUUUUGUUGUUCGCUUACAUGUUUUGUCAUGUGUACUUGCACUAUGAUCAGGUCAUCAAGAUGCACAUUAUCGGCUUUCUUUUGGUAUUUGUGGUGCCAUCUGCACUUGCUACCAUGAACUUGAUUUGGUUUGGGAAGAUCAUCAAGGGAUUGAAGAAGACUUUUGCAAAGAGGCAGUGACGGGAUUCUAGCCCUAGUUUCUUCCUCUUAAUGUCGUUCUAAUGUCCAGUUACAAUCUUUUUUUCUUCCGUGUAAUUUGGUAGAGUAAAAAUAGAAAGAAAAAACUAGAGAGAAAUGAAGGUAACUUGAUUCGCAGACUUGAAGGAAAUCAAGUGUUGUAAAUUUUUCAGGAUGGUUUAUACUUGUGGUAAUGCUUUACUCAUCUUGCUAUUUACAGGGAUUA